CAUUCACUGUCACUAUUCCUAAUUCCCAAAAAUGGGUGUUGCUUCACUCUCUCUGUACUCCAUCUUCAUCAUCUUAGCCUUCAUUACAUCCUUGGAUGCCGAAGACGAAGCAGGUUUCACAGAGUGCAGUCAACCCUUCAACUGUGGCACCUUCAAAAACCUCUCUUAUCCUUUCUGGGGCGACAAUCGACCUAAACAUUGCGGGCAUAGUGAUUACAGACUUAGAUGCAAGGAAAAUAUUCAGCACCCCGUUAUGGAAAUCAAUGGCCAAGACUUCUUUGUGAUCGAAAUCAAUCAAUCUGGCAAACCCCGGAUGAUAACCCUUUCGCGAGUACAUCCUUGUCCCACUUCCAUUCCCAUUCCCAUUCCCACUCCCACUCCCACUCCCUUGAAUUACCCUCCGUUUAUUCUUCUUACAGCAACUGAGAAUAUGACUCUGUUUAGCAACUGCUCUAAGUCCGCCCUCUCAAGGAAAAUGACAAAUACUUCACAUACAAUUCCCUGCCCCGCUGAUGGUAAACCGCGCAACGUCUCCUUUAUUGUGAGGGCUAAUAAAACGAGGCUUGUGGGUUGUCGAGAAAAAGUGGAAGUUCAGGUUCCAAAAGAGGCUCUUGAUGAAUUUAAUUCGGGACAUCUGGAUUUAAGUGGAACCUUGCUAAGACCGUUUAACGUACAAUAUAGUGCCUAUGAUGACUACUGUUACAAAUGUUUGCGCUCCGGUGGAAGUUGUGGAUCCAAUCGAGCUUCUUCAUUUGUAUUUGCUUGCUACUGUCGCGACCGACCUUAUGAUGUAGAAUGCGCUCUAGCUCGAAGGUCAUCUACUACUGCUCUUAUUGAGAGGAAGCAUUCAUCCCUUGAGUUCACAACAGCUGCUGCCUGUGAACUAUCUGUUUCUACCAUCACAUCUUUGCAUCCUAACUCCUUUCCUAACUGAGCAGCAAAAUAAAUGGCAAGGAUUUCAGCAUGAAAACUGGGUCCUUUAAAAGCCACAGGCGAUGAUAAUAGAUGGAAACGGAAACUUGCUAUAGGUCUUGGCUGUGGUUUUUUUGGAGGCGUAGUUCUAACAUGCAUUGUGUUCAAAUUCCUCCUUCGGCGCAGAAGAGUGCUCAAAGAUGCUCGAUCUUCCUCAGUUACACAUGAGAUAUCCUCGGCACCGGCUUCACUGACUGAUCCUGGGAAAGGAGGUAACUACCCUGGAGUGCAUAACUUCACCUAUAAUGAACUUGAAGAGGCCACCAAUAAAUUUGAUUCUGCCAU